AUGAACUCGCUGCUCUUCGGGGAGAUGGCCCGCGCCUUCUCCCCCGCCGCCGCCGCCGCCGCCGCCUCCUCCUGCCCGCUGGGCCCCGGCGGCAGCGGCCCCGCGGCGGCUGGGGGGGGCCCGCCGGUGACGGCGGCGCUGCGGAACGACCUGGGCUCCAACAUCCAUCUGCUCAAGGGGCUGAACGUGCGGUUCCGCUGCUUCCUGGCCAAGGUGCACGAGCUGGAGCGGCGGAACCGGCUGCUGGAGAAGCAGCUGGCGGCCCAGCAGAGCGAGCGCGACCGCCGGCUGCGCUACAAGACCUUCUCCCGGGACCAGGCGGUGCAGACGGACGGCGGGACCCCGCCGCUGGUGCCGCCGCCGGGCCCGGGGCACGGGUCGCUGCCGUCGCCGCCGCACUACGGGCGCCUGCCCGGCACCAUCUGGAGCUACACCCAGGUGCGGCGCACCGGCGGCGGCGGCCUGGAGACCGUGCAGGGCCCCGGCGUGUCCUGGGUGCACCCGGACGGUGUUGGGGUGCAGAUCGACACCAUCACCCCCGAGAUCCGCGCCCUCUACAACGUGCUGGCCAAAGUCAAGCGGGAGCGCGACGAGUACAAGAGGAAAUGGGAAGAGGAGCUGACAAGAAGGAUGAGUCUGGAAUCCAUGGUGGAAACCUUGCGAGAGGAGGCACAGGAAGCAGAAGCUCUCCAGGAGGAGCUGAAUGAGAAGAUUGAGAGGCUGAAAGCAGAGCUGGUGGUCUUUAAGGGUCUGAUGAGUGAUCCCAUGACAGACCUGGACACAAAGAUCCAAGAAAAGGCCAUGAAGGUGGACAUGGACAUCUGCCGCCGAAUCGAUAUCACGGCCAAGCUGUGCGAUGUCGCGCAGCAGCGCAACUCGGAAGACGUUUCCAAGAUUUUCCAGGUGGCCUCCAAGAAGAAGGAGAGGAAGCUGACAUCGGACGAGGAGCUGUCGGAGCAGGACGCCGACAACGGGAGGUUCUCGGAUGAUGAGGUCAGCUGCUCCCUCAACAUCACGGAUGAGAUGAAGAGGAUGUUCAACCAGCUCCGUGAGACGUUUGAUUUUGAUGACGACUGUGACAGUUUAACAUGGGAGGAGAACGAGGAAACGCUGCUGCUUUGGGAGGACUUCACCAACUGCAAUCCCAUUGACCUCCAAGGAGAGGAAGAAAACCUGGGAAACUUGAUCCACGAAACAGAGUCUUUCUUCAAGACAAGAGACAAGGAAUACCAGGAGACAAUAGGGCAGAUAGAGCUGGAGCUGGCCACAGCCAAGAGCGACAUGAACCGGCACCUGCACGAGUACAUGGAGAUGUGCAGCAUGAAACGGGGCCUGGACGUGCAGAUGGAGACCUGCAGGAGGCUCAUCAAGGGCUCAGCUGACAGGAAUUCUCCAUCCCCCAGCUCGGUAGCCAGCAGUGACUCAGGAAACACAGACGAAAUUCAGGAUGAUUUGGACAGAGAGACGGAUGUGGAGCCCAUGGUCAGCUGAUAGGAAGUGGGAGCAUUCCAGUGAAGGGGAAGAUGGAGAGAAAAGAUUCCAAACCAAUUGCUGGGGGAAAGGUGAAAGACUUGAGAGCCCCUGCAGAGGGACUCUGAGGACUCGUUCCUACACGCAUCCCCUCCCACCCAAGGAUUGGUGCUGUACAUUUCUAUUGUUCUACAAACCAUAAAUGCAGAGUCCUGUAGGAAAACAUGGUGUUUUAAUUGUGCCUUUGCCCCAAGCUGAGCCACUUUGAGCUCCAGUGGAAUAUUAAUAGCAGGUGUUUUUAUAAAAUAUAUUAUUAAAAAAAAAAAACCCAACCAAAGCUGGUGGCAGCAGAGGAUGGUGCUGCAGAGGCUCUGGGUACUUCAAUAAGCUGCUGGUUUUAUUGAGCUGCUGCACUGAUUGGCAAGAGCAACACUGGCAAAAAGAGCAGCAAAACCAAGACAAUUGUGGUGCAAUUACCAAUGUCUGGCACAA